AUGUCGCGAUGGCGACAGCACUCGAGUCAUUCGAGUCUUCCGCAGUUUGCCACAACAAAGCAGACGAUCAGCAAUAGCACGUCUUUGCCUGUUUUGCGUCAACAGGACGCCAAUGCUGGUCAUCAGCUGACACAAAGGAGCACCUCCGUGGGCUUCUACGCUCCAAAGCUGCCCACCGUGCAGCGGCGAGCGUUGCAGCAAAAUACCAUCGCCCGAGCAGCAAAGCUGCAGGAUGUGCAUCGGCCGCAGCAAUGGAGGAUGGAAGAUCGGCCUGGCAUUUAUGCCGUAUUAGAACGCGACCUCGCCGCGCGGGCCUUGUCCGAGACCACGGCCACCUGGGGCCCGAAGGACGACAUGGCAGCCAUCGAGGCGGCGGAGCUGCAGCGCAUCGAGAAGCUGCAGCGGCGGAGAGCCGUGCAGCGGCCUGCAAAUGCUCAUCUCACCCUUGGGGACAGAAAGAAUUGCCAGCAAUCUGCUCUAGCAGCCGACAAGCAAUUCGUCCUCAAACGCAUCGAUGAGAUCUCCGAGAAUGCAGAGGCAAAGGAAGCCCGAAUUCAAGUUCUGAAUGAUCGCUGGUUGAAAGCCGUCAUGGUGCCCAUUCAGAUGCCAGGAGAAAUUUUGGGCCCGGAGAUCUUCAAGCGACUACCUCCACCUUUGGCCGAGCAUCAGAAGGAUGGAGCGGAGGGCAAGGAGGACAAGUUGCAGCGUGAUUUGCCCGAAGAGGAGGCCGAGGAGUUCAACCUCGCGAGCCAUGAGGUGGCAAGCAUCAUCAACGUUUGUCGCCAGUUUCAGGCGCUCACCGCCUCACGGGAUAACCACCUUCCGGAGGUCCUGAGCCGCGCCGCCUUCUGCCGCCUCACCUGCGCCUUCGACGGCUUCCGGUCCCAGGGCCGCCCGCGGCUGCGCCGCUCUGUGGCUCACUUCGACCGCCUGGCCAGCAAGGUGGCAGUCCAGAACGGCGCUGUCCACAUAGAGGUCUCGGGCGUGCGAAUGUUCGAGGAUAUCAUCAACGUCAAGGAGCGGGCAAAAGUGGGAGCAGAGGUAGCGCAACGCGACAUUCCGAUCGUGAAGCUGUUCCAUGCGGUGCUCCAAGACAUGUUAGAUGACAUGGGAUGGAAGACUGCCAGUUCACCCAACCAGCAGAUCAGCAUGAAGAACAAUUUGCGGAACUGGUUCUUCGAGUUGCUUUUGCCGGCAGCACAAGACUAUGCCCAGGCAAGGCAAGAGUUCCUGGAGGCCCGCAUUGGUGCUGCAAAGCCUGACAGAGCUGAAAUUAAGCAGGAUCUUGAGAAGCUUCCUGAGGAAGUCCCUGUUGAUGAGGAAGCAGAGAUCGAGGACUCUCAGGAACUCCAGGAAGUCCAGGAACUGCAGGAAGUCCAGGAAGUCCAGGAAGUCCAGGAGGCCCCGGAGCUCGGGGAGCCUGAGAUUACGGAGCAAGAGCGCAGCGAGCUGUACGCCCACACCUUUGUGGUCCUCAAAGGCGAGAACCUGUUGUGCCAGCUGAUGGAGCCUGAGGUGCUAUGCCUCAUGCCUGAGAUGAGCAACAUCUUCCGCCAGCUUUUUGAGGCAUAUGCUGAUCUACCCAUGCCAGACGGGACAGGGGGCAUGAGCCUGAAAGGGCUGCUUCGCUGCUGCUGCGACUUUGACCUUUUCCCAGACCGGGUGGACUACAAGACAAUCUUGUGGAUCUACAACUCUGCGGAAGGCUGCAAGGAGCUCGGCCCCCUGCCGGAAGAGCCCAAAAAGCCACCAGUCAAGAAAGGUCGCACUCGCACCUGGAGUGGAAGCACACAGGGCGAUCGAACAAAGAGCAGGAUGAAGAAAGCAAAGUCUGGAGCCAAUAAAGGAGACACAUCUACAUGCAUCCUCUACCAUGGCAAAUGGAUCAAAGAUCACCUGGCAUGGAUGACAAAGACGGCAUCGGAGAUGACAUCCUCGGAGCUGCGGGCCAUUGCGAUCCUUACUGCAGCUGCAAGAUGGAUGGAGUGCCAGUGCCUCACAUCCAACGAGCUGCUCGCCUACUUCGACGACGAUGGAAACGCAGCGCUCAGCUCCGAAGAGCUGAGCACUGCCAUCCAGUUCAUGAGCUUCGAGGAUCCGCCAACGCAGGAUGACAUUGAGGAUGUCUAUCAGAAGUUGCUGCAACCCAAGGCACAGGAGUUGGACCUGGAGACCAUUGGAAUGGCCAUGACCGCUGUGAGCAAGAAGGAGGAGCAUGGCAGUGCUGCCGCCAGCGUCAUGAUCAAGGACAUGGCAAAGAUGUCGAAGGAGCAGACCAAUGCCGCGACCUUCUUCAGGGAGAUGAUCGGCUACUUGCAGAAGACGAGCAUGUCCGCCGGGGAGCUCUUUCAGAAGCUGGACGAGCACAAGGUCGGAGCACUCACGGGCCGCGAAAUUACCCUGGAGUUCCGGCUCUUGGUCACGGUGACUGGGGGUGGCAGCCCAGCCUUGCAAAUGGACAAUGCGUUCCUGCUCAUGGAUCCACUUGGGAUUCAAAAGUUCACCAAGUCGGACUUCACAAAGAUGAUCUCGCAGGUGAAGAAAGCCGAACGAGUUCGUGCUCAGUCCAAGAGCUUGCACCCACUGUUUCUGACUACUGCAGAUGCUGCACAGGGCCAAGGCGCUCGAAAAAUCUUUGGCCCGGUGGCGUUCAUGGAGAGUAUGCUGAAAAUUGGUUUGGAGUACCUGAGCUACCACGGAAAUGCUACCCAGCAGGCGCUUCCCUCUUCUCAGAAACUCGUGUGGCUGCUGGCCUUCCUCACAUGGUCCUUUGAAGCCAACAAGCAGAGGGCCAACCGACCCACAUCGGAGGGCUCUCGCUGCCACAGCCGCUGCUCAGAGAGGGCAGAAUCUCGGCAGAGGCGUGGACUGUCGAGAGGGCACGCAUGGAUCGGAUCCCGCAUGGGAAGUAUGGAGAGGCCUUAUCCCAGAUUCUUGCCGCCAUUGAACCGCUUAUUGGCGCGCCAUCCUGGCUUAUUCUUGGAUGCUCUCAAGGAGUCAUUCACUGUCCCGGACCCGCCCGAAUGGGCGACAGAUGCGGACUUGCCAGAUGUGCUGCUGCAACAGUGUACAGAUGUCCUGCACAAGGAGCGUGAGCACAAGGAGAGCAUCCCUUUCCAUCGCGUCCUCCUGAAAUUAGCCGCUGAGGGGUUCUGA